CGCCAUGACGGCAAGACAAAGGCAGCCGAAAACCGCGCACCGCUCGCCUCCACCCGCUCCCGGACGGGGAAGAAAAGGCCCGUGGGCAGAAGCGGAUGGAGGCGGGCCGAUGGAGGCGGGCCGAGGCGCGGGGCGGUGUCGGCUCGGGCAGGCGGCCGCGAUUCUGUCCGGACCUGCAGCAAAACAACGCCACAAAAAGGAACACCUUCAGAACAAAGAUGAAUAUCGGGAAAGCUUACAGUGCUGCUAACAUCAGCAAUGGAACAGAUCUAGCUAUUGGUUUUACCUCUUCCACAGUAGCUGUCCUUCUAUUUGGGACAAACUUUGUACCUGUCAAGAAAUUUGAUACUGGUGAUGGCAUGUUUUUUCAGUGGAUUCUCUGUGCCUCCAUAUGGAUAGUUUCUUUGGUGGUCAAUUUGAUCCAGAAUUGCCCCCGGUUUUGGCCCCUGGCUAUGGUUGGAGGUUUUGUGUGGGCUACAGGCAAUGUUACAGUUGUCCCUAUUGUUAAAACUAUUGGCUUAGCUCUUGGUCUUUUGAUAUGGGCUUCUUUUAAUUUGCUGACAGGCUGGGCAAGUUCAAGGUUUGGUUGGUUUGGAAUUGACCCGGAAGAAGUAUCAAGACCAAUCUUAAAUUAUAUUGGAGCUGGACUUUCACUUAUAAGUGCUGUCAUAUUUCUUUUUAUAAAAACUGAAGUCCAGAGUUCUUCAACUUCAUUAGAAAGCACACCUUUACUGAGAGAAAGUUCUAUAAAUGUUUCUGAAGAGACCACUGAGGACUCAUGGGUGAACAAACUUUCUCCAGCAAAAAGGAGACUCAUAGGCUGUAGCCUGGCUGUAGUGGCUGGAAUACUCUAUGGUUCCAGUUUUGUACCAGUACUUUACAUCAAGGACCAUGGAAGAAGAAAUGGAACUGUAUACACAGGAGCAAGUCAGUUUGAUUUAGAUUAUGUUUUUGCACACUUUAGUGGAAUAUUUCUUACAAGUACCAUCUACUUUUUGAUCUAUUGUGCAGUCAGGAAGAAUAAACCUUAUGUUUAUCCCCAAGCCAUAUUGCCAGGGUUUGUUUCUGGUGUGCUUUGGGCAAUAGCCAAUUGCUGCUGGUUCCUGGCCAAUCACUAUCUCAGUGCUGUCGUCAGCUUUCCAAUAAUUACUGCAGGUCCUGGCCUUGUUGCUGCAAUGUGGGGAGUCCUUGUAUUUAAGGAAAUCAAGGGACUGAAAAACUACAUGUUACUGUCAGUAUCGUUUUGCAUCAUUUUGGCUGGAUCACUUUCCACAGCUUUUUCUAAAGUUUGAAAGGACCUUCUGGACCAGAAGAUGGUGCUAGUGUUUAACACAAGUAGAAAGACCAUGUUGGUAGAUCACAAUACAUAUAUAAUUUUCAAAAUGUAUGUCCAACAUUUACACUAACUUACUUCAGCCAAGUGGAAAAUGAAAACAUUUGGCAUGAAAGAAAAUCCGGAAAUACUUGGAAUAGUAAGAAAAUCAAAGGACUUUAUUAAUCAAAGCAUAAUGAUUUUAUUGUUACUAAUUAUUUGGUUUUUUUCAUUCAGGUGCUAAACUUCAUGUCAUCAUAAAUUGCAGUUUACUGUUGUGAUGGUGGAUAGUGAUUUUAAUUUUAGUCUAUAAUACUGUAUGUGUUUGCAAGCUGAUUUGUUUUAUUAAAACAUUUUUCUUACUGACUUAAAAAUCUUGAAAUAUUCCUUAUGGAACUGAUACGCAUGAAGAUAAUAAAGCUUUUCUUUUAUUUAGAA